AUGUCCAAAACCGCACAGAAGCGUUUAUAUAAGGAAUUGACUCAAUUGAUGAAAGACAGCCCUGCUGGGAUCGUGGCAGGCCCCGUUUCCGAGGACAACCUGUUCUUAUGGGAUUGUUUGAUCAGUGGGCCACCGGACUCUCCGUACGAGGGAGGAAUUUUCAAUGCACGGCUGGAGUUUCCUCGCGAUUACCCAUUGUCGCCUCCAAAACUGCUGUUCACGCCUAGUCUUCUGCACCCUAACAUCUAUCCAAACGGUGAAGUCUGCAUUUCCAUCUUGCAUUCGCCAGGCGACGACCCUAACAUGUAUGAGCUUGCCGAGGAGCGCUGGUCUCCCGUGCAGAGCGUCGAGAAGAUUUUGUUGAGUGUAAUGAGCAUGUUGAGCGAACCCAACAUCGAGUCUGGCGCCAACAUUGACGCGUGCAUCCUGUGGAGAGACAACCGCGCGGAAUUCGACAAACAGGUGAAAGCAUCGAUUCUGAAAUCCCUAGGAUUUUGA